UUCAACAAUAUUUACUAUGGAUUAUUGUUACAUACUGUAUAUUCGAUAUUUUUCAUUCAGUGUACUUAACAAAAUUCAUAAUUAAACAUAAUGUUUUAAGCUAUGUUGAAAAUACUUAAGUUCGCAUUGAUUAAAUAAAAUGAACACAGAAAAUGAGAUUAUUAAUCAAAAAAAAGUGACUCGUAAUACUAUACUUCGUGCUUUGUAUGAUCGGGAAAUAAAUGGCAAUAAAACACGUAUGAAUUGUGUCAAAACUACAUACCAAGUCCUGUAUCCCAAUUGUACAGUUAUUAAUGUCGAGAAGCCUCCAUGUUUCCUAAGAAAAUUUACUCCUGAUGGCCGCCAUUUCAUAGCUUUUUCUCAAGACCAAUUGUAUAUUGAGGUGUAUGCUUAUUUAGGAUGUUCAAUGGCAGCUAAGUUGCUGAAGAAUUAUGAAGGAAAUUGUAUUGGUCAAAAAAAUGAUGGCGAUGUUGUCCGUAAGCGAAUAUUUGAAAGUCUUUUUCAACUGAAGUUCCGGAUAUUAGUAGCAGCAGAAGGAGAACAGUUAAAUAGAGAAUGUAGUUUAUUCACAGAAAAUAGUUCCUAUGCUGUUUUGGGUUCUGUUGGACCCAUUGCUCAUAAUGUUAUUCUUGAUUAUGAUGAUAUUUUCACUAAUAAUGAAUCUGUGAGUCCUAAUCUAUUAUUGCCUUUAGAAAAUUAUACCAUACAUUUAAUUAACAUAAAAAGAGGAGCCGUUAGUCACCGUUUACAUUUUAAGGCUGAUAAAAUAUCUUUAUCACAUAACCAAGGUGUUUACCUAUUAAAAAAUGUACUUGCUGUUUUAUCUGUUCAACAUCAAAUAAUUCAUGUUUAUAACCUUACCCAAAACCGUUUUUGUUUGUUGAGAAAAAUUGGUCGAUUUUGUUUCGAAAACGAUUUUGCGUACAUUUCAUCAGUUCACACAGAUAUGAUUGCAGAAGAUUAUAAAGCUCAUAAUGAAACUUUUAUCAAUGGACUAAAAAACAAGCUAAUGGUGUUUUUAUAUAAAAAAGCCGAACGUGAAUCUGAGCGAGCUGGAACACAAUAUCCUCUUAGGAGAUUUUAUCAAUUUUAUGAUCAAUUUAUGUCAUUACGAAUGUGGAAAAUGCAAUUAUUAGAUGUAGAUAAUAUGCUUAUCAGAUAUGCAUCAGAAGAUGUGGUCACAGCUAAAAUUCAGGAACCAAGUACUCAAGCAUCAUUUUUUAUGAUUUACAAUAUGACUACGGCUACGGUAUUAAAUGUUUAUGAAAAUACAUCUAGCGAUUUAUUACAUGGAUAUGAAUAUUUUUGUGAUACUUUUCGUAAUCCCUAUUUAAACCCUGAUGGAUUUAUGCCUUGUUCACCAUCAAAUAAUAUAUAUUCACGGGAAUCCCAUGAAAAAUUUAAAAAUACAAUGCUAAAUGCUAGAUUUGGUGGUAUAAUGGAGGCUAAUAAACGAAUAUUGGGACAGUUACCGAUCGCAGCACAAUCAUUUUCCAGCUCCCCAUAUUUAGAUACUUCCCUAUAUAGUUAUGAUGAAAAGUGGGUGUCACCAAUGGAAAGACCGAAAGUUGUUGGUGAAUAUCCAAUAAGGUUCUAUUCAAGGGAAUCAGGAACACUAAGCUUUUGUCUGUAUACCAGUGUAUCUAGAAACAGGCCAACGCAAGAUCGUAGAAGACUGGUUGCAUUUACAUUCCAUCCUACAGAUCCCUUUGCUAUUAGCGUACAAAGGGAUAACUUGGAGUAUAUUGUUAAUUUUCAUAUACGAAAGGUGUAUUUACCUGAGUAAUGAAAAUAUGAAUGCCAUUUUAACUCAACAAAAUUUUGUUUGGAUCUUAAUAUAUAAUAUUUGAACAUUUCAUAAGCAAGAGCUCAUAAAAUAUAACAAAAGCCAGAUAAAUAGUAGUGAAACUGAAGGAAUUCAUCAUGAUGAUUUUUACAAUUUAAGUCAGUCAAUAUUAAUAAUCUAUUAAAAUGUAAUACUUUAUAUUAUGAUUUAUUCAUAAUGUAAGUGAAAGAAGCACUUACUAGUAUGUGGUAUACCUCAAUGUGGACAAUUUUGAAAAACUCUUUAAACUGAGCAGUAUUAACAGCAUUGGAUGUAUUUUUAUUCAACAAAAGUCAAAACAAAGGGAUUAAAAUUGUCUUUCAAAUCUUAAGAAAAAAUCAAAAACUAAUAGAUAAUAUUAAGAAAACUUGUGAGAUGUCUAGAUCUUUGAUUAAUGAAAAAAAAAUCUUGAAAAGAGAAACAACACAGUAAAUCAAAGAAAAUCUGAAGUUUUUCAAGUGAUUAAGAAUCCUACAAAAAUUAAGAAAAUGAGGAAAAGGACAAUGAAGUAAAUUGAAAAA